CACGCAAUAUCUCCGCACGAUUGGAUCACCUUCGACCCCUCGCACGCAAGCUGUGUGCGCGCUUGACACCAUCACAAUGCCUGUGUCGGAGAUCCCCUCGAUAGCAGGGUAUUGGCUGGACAAAACUGACGACAGGCAAGCCCGAGCUGAAGUGUGAGUUUUCUCAGCCUCUUCUCUACGUCCGAAGUCGCUUUCCACAGCUUUUAAAAAGAAACACGAGAGCCGCUUUUCAACUCAGGAGCGUUCGUCUCAAACGUUGAAUCGAAUCUUCCCUCACUAGCAAAGCAGAUCCUUGAACCCCAGAUAGACACCACCAUCGUCAUGGCACCAGCAGCCAUUUCCUCCGCCUCAUCGCAAACACCUUUUCCCUCGAAAGCCCAACCCAAAGAGGUCGACCGCUCAAUCUUCCCGGACGGCUUCAAAACGUCGGGACAGCACCCGCCGCUGUACGACAAAUUGUACCCCUACUCUGCGUUCCCCAAACACAUCAGGGGCCCAACAGUCUGGUCGUCUUCCGACUACGCCUCGCACCCGGAACAAUGGACGCACGUCUUCUCGCCGGCCGAAGUGGGUGAACUAUCGUCCGCGGCCGACGCCUUCCUCGCGCAGAACCUGCCCCUAACGGGCAUCAACCCGGACAACUUCCCACUGCCCAGCAUGCGGGCCAGCCUGUCGGCCAUGCGCAACGAACUGCUCAACGGCAAGGGCUUCAUCCUGUACAAAGGGUUCCCCGUGACCGAGUGGGGCAACCACAAGUCCGCGGUGGCGUAUUUUGGUUUGGGCACGUACAUCGGCUACCCGGUGUCGCAGAACGGGCGGGGCCACAUCCUCGGGCACGUCAAGGACCUGGGCGAAGACAGCAAGGCCAUUGACAAGGUGCGCAUCUACCGGACCAACGCGCGCCAGUUCUUCCACGCGGACGACUCCGACGUCGUGGGGUUGUUGUGCCUCGCGCGCGCCCAGGAGGGCGGCGAGAGCGAUGUCGCGUGCGUGCAUCACGUCUGGAACAUCCUGCAGGCCGAGUAUCCCGAUGUUGCGGAGCUCUUGACGCGGCCCGUGUGGUAUUUUGAUCGCAAGGGCGAGCUGAGCGUCGGCGAGGAGCCGUAUAUUCGCACCAGCGUCUUCUAUCUCGAGACGCCGGACCCCGCCAACCCCCAGGCCGAGCAGAGGGUCUAUUGUAAAUGGGACCCCUACUACGUGCGGAGUCUGUCGCGCUUCAGCGACGCCGGCGUCAUACCGGCUCUGUCCACGGCGCAGGUCCACGCUCUGGAGACGCUGGAGGCCGUGUGCAACAGAGUCAAGCUGCAUAUGAUUCUUGAGAUCGGCGAUAUUCAGUUCCUGAGUAACGCUCACAUCUUACAUGCCAGGACCGAGUAUAGGGAUUACGCUCCCGAGAGUGGGAUGCCGAGACGGCACUUGAUGAGGUUAUGGUUGAGUACGCCUGUGAGCGAGGGUGGCUGGAGAUUGCCGUUCCAUGAUGCGGAUGAGAGAAAGAGAGGCGGGAUCCAGGUUGAUGAUACGCCGCCCGUUGCGAGGUUGGAUGCGGAUUGAUAUUAACAAAUUUUUCGGAGAACGGGUUCGGCGUGACUUACGGUAUGUACAGACAUAUAGACUCGACGAGGCGAGCUCGCUGCGAUGUCAGCUCGAGAAAACAAGCAUUGACGAUCAGAUGACUUGGAAUUGGUUUGACCUGCUUGAAGAGCGUCGGCAACAUCACUAUCAUCUGUCCAUUUGGAUGCACCAUGAAGGCACUGAGGUGAAAUUAAUGAUGUAUUGUCAUGCUGCUCAACUUAGUCUCCACGACGGUACCUUGUUUGUCGCUGUGACUCCGUCUCCAGUUCGAGGCUACCAGUCAUACAUACUCUCCAAAGUGACAUCCUGUACAACUUG